GAUUUAAUGAACGCGUUCAGUACUGCUGCUAGCUCACGCAGUAACUCUGCAGUUCGUGUGUGAUUUUUCUACGUUUUUAAGUUAUCGUUCUUUGAACUGUUAUGCGUGAUGUAAUUUAACCGUUUCAGAGAUAAUGAAAGCCGCUAAAGUGUGUCGUCUGCGAGAGCUGUUCUUGCUUGAGUGGCGACGCGACUACCCUGACGAUACACCACCUGUGUUGGACUGUGUUGCGGAGCUGAGCAGAGGGGUUGACGAAUGGCCCGCCGCAGGCGAUGUGUAUGUGACGACGGCUGUGCGUGAAAGUCUAGCAGGUUUACAAGAUAAGAUUGUUCAGUUACGCGAAGAGCUGCGCAGAGCAGAAUUUGAGAAACGGUUUCUAGGCAGUGUGUUGACAGUUCUUGAAUCGGAAUGUGAUUCGAGCUUGGCUGAGCGAGAUAGCGGAGAUCUAGACCAAAACACGACCAAGCUAGAAGAUAAAAAGUGUGAUCGAUGCGGUCGUGUUGUGAACGAAUUUUCUGCUGGAUUAGAGAGUAACUGUUUGUGUGUGUUGACAUAUUUGGAUAAACCUAGUGAGUUAACUUCAGUUGCAGAUUUAUCUGCGUCUUCUUUAAAUAACACGGACACUUUAGGUAAGUGCAUAAGUGAGAUAAACUCUCCGAAAUUCUUAUCAAGAAUUUCUGUUUCCGAAAGACGUUCGUUUUCUGAGAGAAAAGAUCGCGAUUUAGCAGCGCAGAAUAGGAUAUCGGCUAGUAUAGAUAAUGUCAACGUCGGUGAAGAAAGUUCUCCUGUUGAUAAACAAAGCGAUUUUUGCUUUCGGGGUAAAUUAAUCAACAGGUCAACUUCAGAGCCGGACGAAAUGUUAAAAGGCAAAAAGGCAGCUACGCACCGGUCAGGGGAGGAUGACCUGGGGACAAGGGUCAAUAGGACAAAGGACAAUUUCAUGGCGGUGACGAACAAAAACAUACACCCCGGUGACGUACCCCGACACAACGAGGCGCUGACCCACAGUCCCGUCCUACAGAGGAACUACCACUUCUUGAAGAUGACGGAGGGGUUCGGACUCGUCCUGGAGGAUGACCCCGGAAACAAAAAUAGCAAAGGGCCGGCCAGUGAAAAUCCGCUCCGUCACGCGACCUUGAUGAGUAACGUCAACUGCGACAAACCGGACCGGGCUAAAAAUAGCAUGACGGAUGGUUCAGCGGGCCCGCAGACGUCAUUCAGUCGUGAAAACGUUUCCGUCAUCGAAGUGACCAGACGGAGUUGGAACCUGGACACGGGCAGUUCGUCACCUGACCCCCAACCAAAGCGGAAGUCCGACCCUCAGAAAGCGCCCGUGCCCUCACCCAAACCAAACAGACCGAUGAGCUCAGUUAUUAUUGUCGAUACUCAACGCGUUGACCAUCAAGGCACAGAUCAUUGUGUUAAUAAAGAUCUUCAGGACAAAGAUCAUUGUGUCAAUAAAGAUCUUCAAGACAAAGAUCAUCGUGUCGAUACAGUUCUUCAGGAUAAAGAUCCUCGUGUUGAAAAAGAUCUCGACAGAGAUCACUUUUCAAAAGUCAGCAUAAAAAAGUCGCCCGUUCCCCCGCCUGUUGCCAAAAAGCCACCCCGCCCCGGCAGCGGUAGAAGUCUCCCCCCGACCCCCACAGACCCAGGACCAACCCCAGCACGACAUUUCCAAUCGUUCGCCGUUCAGAUCGACAGCCCGCAUUGUUCAGGUGGCAGUGACGUCAGUGCCGCACCGCCACCGCCGAACUGUCCCGUUGAUAACACCAGAACACCAGACGACACACAACAGACGGAGAGUUUAGUUCACGGGAAAACUUUACUUCAAGCGUCGGCCUCGCUUCCUCACGACGCGAAGAAAAAUCUGGAGCGGUCAAAGAAAUGUAAUUCGGAUUUCUACAACACUUCGCCCAUCACGGAUGUUAACUCUCGACAGGGGGUUGAUGCAAACAUAGCGUCCCCAUCAGCGUUACGUCACGCUCAAGGAAUAAACAAAAACAACUCGAACACCGACGACACACCAAGAGGUCCCUCAGAAAUGAGGUCAUUCAGUCCAAUUCCAAACAAAAAAGGUAACACAACAACGGCUUUCAUCGGAAAACUUGCCGAAAACGUCAGACCCAGCCUCGUUUUGGGGAACGCGCACCAAAACAACACAGAAAAACCACAGUAUGAGUCACCGGCGGCGGAGUGGAAGCCCGCGAAAACUCCGCCCAUGCCCCCGCCCCGAGGACAGAGUCAAAACAGUGUCAAUGUUGUUGUCGAUCGCGCGGAAAUCGCCGAGCACGAGUACCAGCGUCUAGACAGCAACGCUAGCACGGAAACGUUAACAGAAUUCACGCGCAAGCAAAGCUUCACGUCCGAUUUCGACAUCAAACAAGCCGUCUACACGCUGGACAACAUUCUCACCUCUGCUGAAAUGGAAUCUGCAGACGAUCCAAAACUCCGGACUAAAAAAUUGGACUACGAGAACUGGACCAUCAACCGGGCCGUGACCAGCUCUUUGACCCACGUUUUCGACUCAAUCAGCGACGACGACGAGCUCGAUGUGUCACCAUCGUCUCCCUCGGUGACCAGCCCUAGCGAAAAACGCAGGGGUUCCCCAACUGGCAGCAAGGACUCGGGUCUGUGUGAUGACAUCGGCGUGUUCGAAACCACCCACGGGGAGACGAGCUAUGAACAUGACUUCUCGGGUGGGAGGUUCCGUGACCUGGCUUCCAUUCGCCAGCUGGUGGCCAAUGACGAUGGGGAGGAUGUGGACUAUAACGACAAGUUCAAGGACCAGGAUUGUACUGAUGCCCCAUCUGCCGCAGCCGAAUUCGUUUUCUCGUCUGAAUCCGGCGACGGCCUUGACAGCCCCGACCUUGACCGUGGCCGCUCCAGGCGGGACCAUGACCGCAGCCGGGAGGCUAGUCCGCAGCCGGACUACAGCCCGAGCCGGCCGGACAGCGAGAAGCUGGAGGAGGUGAACCGCCAGAGCUGGGGCGUCAAGGACGACUCCUGCUCCAUAGCCAGCAGCGGGGAGGAGGAGGCGGGGACCGUCAACGAUUCUUCCUACGAUGAGACGGACUCCGCCAACGAAGGCAUGCUCAAGAUGCGACAGUUGUUGGUCAAAGGUGUCUUGGACAGCGAGAAGGAAUAUCUGGAGAUGCUCUCCAUCCUUAUCGGCUAUGAACGUAAUCUGGAGAAAAGCAGCCAAUCUUCCCAGCCUGUGAUAUCUAAAGAAGACAUCCAGAACAUUUUCUCCAACAUCGACACCAUCUACAACAUCCACGACGACUUCGUUAAAUCUCUUCAGCCCAAGGUCAGCAAGUGGACGCAUGGAGAGACCAUCGGGGAGAUUUUCAAAAUUAUGAUCUCCAGUUUCAUAGAGUGUGGGAGUUACCUGAACAACUACCAGAAGGCUGUGAGCACCAUUCAUAAGUGUUGUCAGGAGAGUGAGCAGUUCAACCUUCUAGCUCAGGAAAUCAAACUUUCUGUAAUGAAACAAGUUACAACCCUUGAAGAUGCUCUUUUUAAACCAGUCCAGAGGGUCCAGAGAAAUACUUUGGUAUUACACGACCUGAUAAAAUACACCCCAGAGGAGCACCCAGACUAUGAGGCCCUACAGAAAGCUUUGAAGCUGUCUCAACAAAUUUUAGAGUCUUUUGCCGUCAAUAUACCCAAGAAACAGACAUCCGGAGAAAAUAGGCGUCUUGUAAAAAGUAGUUUCUUGGUGGAGCUGGUGAAUGGGGUGAGAAAACUCCGCUACAUGUUUCUCUUCAGUGAUGUGCUUAUCUGUACCAAGAGGGAAACUCACAGAAAUAACAAGGUUUCCUUUAUUAUAAAAUGGUUCGCACCUCUAAAUCAAAUGACCAUUGAUACAAAGUUUGGCUACAAUGAUGAUCUAAAGCCUUCAAUUAAAGAGGAUAUUGAUGAGAUAAAAGGAAAACUUCGGUCACUCAAGAAAGAAUUGAGACUAGAAUUGAAGAAAUAUGAUGUCAAAGACAAAGAUAAACACAGAUCUAUAACGAAUUUGGGAUCACGAGCUGCAGAGAAGAUGAAAAAGAAAAUCAGUCAUCAUGAAGCUCAGUUGAUCUUGGCUUGUCCUAAGUUGCCAUUUAAAGUUGCACUGGAAGGUGGGAAAAAGUAUACUCUUCUAAUGACAACUGAUUAUGAAAGGGAGGAGUGGAAAGAAACAGUUGCGUCUUUAAGUAUGAGGACAAACCAGCAACAGCAAGCCAUGAGUUCUAUUUUAGUUCAAGAUCUGAUAAACAGUGUGAAAGAGACACCACAAGUUAACAAGAUAGGAAAUGUUUUGAGUGAAAGAGAUGAAGACGUCCUAACUGGCACAUUGAAUGUGACAAUACACAAACUAAAUGGCCUUACAACACAAUGUGAUACCUAUUGCUGUUUGGAAAUGGACAGCUUUGGUCACUUCUUUAUGAAAGCAAAAACCCACAUAGCUGAGGUAACAAAUGAUCCUUCCUGGAAUGAAGAUUUCGAGCUUGAGCUAGAUGGGUCGCAGACCAUCAGGUUUUUAUGUUUUAAAAAAGAAAAAGAAGAUCAAGGAGACAAACUACUUGGGCGAGGGGCAUUAGAGUUGAGUAAACAGUGGCUUAAGGGGAGUUUCCAAGAAAAAACUGUGGCCAUGAAUGAGUUGUCCCUAGUCAUAUCAGUCAAACACACAUCAGCUGAAAAAACCAUGCCCCGUACACCAUCUCGUACCAGCGCAGCUGUGUUUGGUGUGAAAAUUUCUUCAUGUGCAAGGAAGGAAGGAAAAACAGUGCCCUCUAUAGUCACAUCUUGUCUUCAGGAGGUUGAGAAGAGAGGUCUUGAUGAAGUUGGCAUCUACAGAGUUUCUGGUGUGACCUCAGACUUACAGACAAUAAAGAAAUUAUUUGAUAAAAACAUCCGAGCAGGCAUUGCAGCAUUGUCAAGUGCAGAUAUCCAUGCUGUGACAGGGAUCCUCAAGUUGUAUUUCAGGGAACUACCAGAGCCUCUCUUUACAGAGUCCAGUUAUCAAAAUUUUGUUGACACACUUAAACUUUCUGACGAAGAAGCAAAAGCACAGUGUAUGUUGAGUUUGUUACACAGCUUGCCUGAUGUCAACUACUACACAAUUGUUUCUUUGAUGGAACAUUUGUUGAGAGUUGCCAGGAAUGUUGGGGUAAACAAGAUGUCCAUCCAUAACCUAGCAACUGUUUUUGGCCCCACCCUCCUGGCUCCAGCCUCCAAACAGGUGUCAAAUGAUCCUAUGGAGAUGAUGUGUAAGGGGGCGGAGCAAGUCAUGCUUCAGUCCAGUGUUGUCAGCUACUUGCUAGGUCUAGCCGUGAGUGGCAGAAAUUUAAGAAGAUCAGCACAGUAAACUCAAGACUAUAAACUAUCAGUGAACCAGGAUUAUUAAAAAACAAUCAAGGAUAUUAGACUGUAAAAGUUGAAAUAGUAGAUCUACAGUGUUGAUGAUGAUGCUGAUAUUGGAUAAAAACUGUAAAGCAAAUUCAUGUUCAUAUCAUUCUGCUCCUUUGCCGGACAUGAUGGAGCUACAGAAGAAACUGAUGUUUGAUGGUUUGAGAUCUCAAACAUUAUUUACAGACUAUUUUAGUUGUUUAUCAAUUUUUUUUAAUCAGGUAAUUUAUGUGGGCUUCUGUAUGAAGAUUAUAAAGAAAAAAAUAUUUUUAUCUCAAACAUUUUUUCUUUUGUUGUGUGCAUGUUUGUCACCAAAAAAGCUUUAGGAAAUUUUUUUUUUACAAAUAUAACUCUACAAUAUGUUCAGGUAAAUAUUUUUCUACAUUUGUGUUUUAUAUCAGGAAAGUAACACUGCUUUCAUGAAUGACUUUGUUCACUUUUUAUUAGUUGUAAAUCAAGCAUAAUGAGCAUAAGAUGUUUUCAAAGACCAUUUUAGUCUUUAAAAGAACUUGCAUAGAAAUGCAGCCAAAUAAAAUAGCUGCAGGCAGCAUACAUUUCACUCCUUUGCUUGAUAUUUUGGCAUUACCACUUUUCUAUUCCAUACUAGCAUUCAUUCCAUAUUUAAUGAUGCUUUAAUCAAUUUUUAAGACCAUAAUGUGAGGGUCAUCAGCCUUGCUUUAAAGCUAUUUAUAACUUUGUUUUCCCUAAAAUAUUUUUGUGAGUUGCACUAAAAUUGAUAUUUUGGCAAGUUAAUUUGUUGAAACUAAAAAAAAAAUAAUCGUAACUCCCCCUCCCACUUUUUUUUCUAUAUACUCUUGCUAAUGCUUUUUAAAAGAAGACACAAGAAGCUUAUAGCUACAGGCUGAUAACCUUUGCACUUGUGGGUGAAGAAAUUCCACAUAAAAAGUCAUUUUGGGCCAUCUUUAUUCCAUUCAGUCUGUUCACUUAUUUCCCUUUUUUUAUUGUUUUUUUUUUAAAAAUAAUUUUCCUUCAACUCAUUUCUUGCUGAUUUUAAAUAAUUUAAAGCUUGUAUAGUAUACAAACCACCUGGUGUUUGCACAUAGUUUUAGUAUAAAAAUGUUUAAUUUUUAUAAUUUGACAGUUCAUUUACAAAGUUUUUUCUGCAUGUUGUAUUUUACACUGUUCUAGUUACCUAAAGUGUAUUAGCAGAAUAAUCAGAGUACCACUAAAGGGCCUUUUAUUUUAGUGAUGUUCAAACAUUGUGUUCAGAUAAUUAUUUCAAUGUUUAUUUGGUCAUGGAUGUGUAUUAAUUAGCAUUUUUAUUUUGUAAUAAAUGUAUUUUAAUAUGCUUAAAUAUUUUCUUGAAUGACAAAGCAAAGAUCUACAUGAUUAACUGUACAGUUUUAGAAUUGUUUAUAGUGAUGGCCUUAUGGCAAGAAGAAAGCAACCAUCUUUUUUUAUAUUUUAUUGUCAGUGCAGUUUUCAUUCCAAAACUGUUGCAUGAAGUAUGUAAUAUUAAAUAAUUGAUUGCUUUUAAUCAAUUAUUGUUUCAUAUGGAAAAAGGUAAUUAAUAUAUUUUAGUUUGGUUUUACACAGCAGUAUAAUUUAAAACAACAGCUAAUUGUUUUCAAUUGGAAGUAUAUUUUUUUAAAUAUUAUUUUCAACUCAUGAAAAUUAGUUUAAAAAAUAUAACGUUUAAAUUUCAUAAAUAAGCUUAACUAUAUUUUUUUCUAAGCAACACAAUUGUUAAAUAUUUUUUUCAAACAAAGAGCAACAUUUUACUGCUGACCUCCCUUUAGUGGAGUUUAGAAUCUUGUACAUAUCAUCACCAGUGAUCUUUCAGGGCUUUCAUGUUUCCUUUAUAUCUGUUUUGUAAAUUGUAAGCAAAAUUAUUCCAUUAAGUUAAAUGUGCAUUUGUGUUUGCAAGAUUGUGUGAAUGUGUAUACUUGAAUAAUUGACGUUGGUAUGACAGUACAGUACAUGAGAGUACAUUUUUACCUCAAAGACUGUUUGUACAUUUUUUGGUGAAAGGUUAAUUAUUUUCAUGGCACUUUUUGAAUUAAAUGAAUCCAUGUCAUAUUUUUGUCAACUAACAGUCAGAGUGCGAAUGUACAUUGAGAUGCAAAUGUAAAUGCUUUUCUUUAUUUUUCUGUGAGAUGACAAUGUAAGUGCUAUUUUAUUGUGAUGAAGUAAUUUUGGACAUGUUAAAACAAUGUUUAAAGAUAAAAUCUGCCAUGUAGUAAAAUGUUAUGUUAAAAAACUGUAAUACUUAUAUUUUAUAUAAUUUGUGCUGUAAAAUAAUAAAUGUAUACAAGC